AUGCCCUCUGAGUCGUGCCGAUGGUACCCGGAUACGGUGACGCACCACAAACAAGGUGACAGCUACACCGUCUCUCGUGGUCGAAACUGCAAUCCGUUCGACUUGGCCACCUGUGAUGCCCGCAUUACAGAGUACACCCGUGCCAACUGCCAUGAGGCGAAGGCGACCGCCGUUAUUAACGCGCUGCACCCCCAGUUUAGGGGCCUGGUGCACGGCGUGAGUUGCGAGUUUCUGUUGCGUUCGUCCAUCACGCAGCUCGGCGUCAACGCCGUGAAUGUUGGGAUCGAAAUCGACCCUAAGCAGCGCUGCGCGGUUGUCAAGAUGGAUCUCGUCGCCCUGACUCCCCUCGCGGUGCUCAUGCUGGACUACAUUGCGGUCGGUGCUCACGUCGGCAAGCUCUUCGCGCUGGAGUCGAACCGCGUGGUGCGCAAUACGGACUACAUUACUCGUCUUCUGCACGCCGUGAAUCAGCGUGGCCAGCCGCUGCUCGUGUACGGCACCGGUGAGGCGCCGAAUUGGGACCUGAGAAUAGUGGAUGGCCGCGUGGUGGCGUACCUGCCCGUGCUGCCUGGAACGUUCACGUACAGUGGCGAGAUCCAUGGACUGCUGCCCACGAUCGGAAUGGCGCUGCGCAAGGGUACCGCGUACAAAGACCUCAUCCGCUUGCAUCAGGAGUUCCAUGAGGGCUACACGCGCGUCGCUGCAUCGUCUGGGGUUCUGAUGGUGCGUGGGUACGCCAUGCACUUCCGAACUGUAUUUGGCCGCGUGGUGGACAGUCUUUUGCCGAAGGGGCUGCACUCCAUGAGUUCGCGCCUCAUUGAACCGGAGGAGGGCCUGGCGGACGCCUCCGCUCGGGAGCGCGUGCUCGUUUUCUACGGCGACUCAAUCGACGAUCUCACCCACGUCCCCAUUGAGUUCUACACGCUAGAGUCGUACCGUGAGCAGGUGCCCUUCUCACUGCGCAAGACGCUGGCGGACCGUUGCAGCACGACGAGCAGCAUCUUGCGUGCCUUCAAGAGUGCGCCGAAAGGCGACCUGCCGUGCUGCACGUACGUGUGCAAGGGCGGGCAAUUCACGGAGAUGCACGCCGACGACUGGAUCGUGACGGACCCGAAGCAGACGACCUACGUUGGGAUCGAGAAUCCGGUGGAGCAGCAGGAGCUGGUGCAGCGGUACACGUAUCAGCAGUGCGAGUAUGCGAUCUUGUCUGCCAUUGCGAUUGGCGACAUCACCAGCGACGGCGUUCUUUUCACUCGCUACUUCCCGUCCCCGUGCUUGAAGUCCCUCCUCCUGUCCCGCGCGGUGUGUAAGAAGCUGCGAGCCAUCUUUUUCACCAAGGCAUCUCGCCACUACGGCUCUUUUUUCAGCCAGGAUGAUGCGGCGAUGCUGGGCGACCUCAACACGUUUGGCAUCGCCGUCUUUGAGGUCAACGAGCAGAAGGGGGAGGUGUACCAGUACAUUCGUCGCCCCGGCCGCGACGCCGGCGCCUUUGUACCUCUUGAGCGUCGUCACGAGUACGUCAACGCCACCUUCUUCGGCGUGUACGGCUCGAACCUCGUGGCGGGUGACUUUGAGGCGGAACUGAUGACGCUGCUGAGCGGCAUCCUGCACAUCAAGAAGACGUGCCAGCAUCCGCUCUUGAACGAGACGAAGCCGCUGGCGCUUGUAACGGGCGGCGGUCCUGGCGCGAUGGAGGUCGGCAACCGUGUGGCCAAGUCUCUAGGCAUCCUCUCGUGUGGGCUCAUCGUCGACUUUGGCAGCGUGGCUGCCAAGCCGGGUGCGACCAUCAACGAGCAGAAUCAGAAUCCGUACGUGGAGGCACACUUUACGUACCGCGCUGACAAGCUCGUGGAGCGGCAAUCGGACUUUAACUUGGACUUUCCCAUCUUUCUCACCGGUGGCAUUGGGACGGACUUUGAGUACGCAUUGGAGGAGGUGCGACGCAAGGUGGCGACUGUGCCACCGAACCCGGUUAUCCUCUUCGGCACGCCGGAGCACUGGGGCGCCAAGAUCUCCGGCCGCUUCCAGGCCAACUUGCACAGCGGAACCAUCAGAGGGUCGGAGUGGAUUUGCACCGUGCCGUGGGUUGUCUCCACUGGCGCGGAGGCGCUGGAGGUGUACCGGCAUUUCUUCGAGGGCAAACUGCCGGUGGGGCCGAACAAGCCAACAAAUGAUCGUGGGUUUAUGGUGGCCGCUGAGUACUUAGCGAGGGCGAAGUAA